ACACCACGACCGUCCUUUUAUCUUUUUACCGGAGCUGGGCCGGAGGUGCUGCGAAGAAGCGUUGUUUGGUGUGCAGGCACGAGGAGCUCAGCUAGAGAGAGAGAAACCCCAAGACAGGGACAAAGAGAGAGAAGGAGAGACAGAGGAUUUUUUCUAGAUAAUUACCAACAAGGGAAGGUUUCCGGGUCUUCAAUCGAGAGCUCCACGGCGGUUUCUGUGACAUCGGUAGCUCCCGAUCUCUGAUUUCGAAGAUCGUUAUCGCCGCGGAGGCGGCGGAAAAUCGGGUUUUAAAAUCCCAAUUAGGGUCACAGGCAUAGGUCGUAUGAUCUAUGGCAACUCCAGGCAACAUCGUUGUUGGUACUCAUGUAUGGGUCGAAGAUCCAGUUUUGGCUUGGAUUGAUGGGGAGGUUGUCCAGAUAAAGGGCAAUGAAAUCCACGUGCGCACAAUAAAGGGAAAAAUGGUUGUUGCAAAUGUAUCAAAGGUAUUUCCCAAGGAUACAGAAGCUCCGCCUGGAGGAGUGGAUGAUAUGACACGAUUAUCAUAUUUGCAUGAACCUGGUGUGCUUCAAAAUCUUGCCGCAAGAUAUGAACUCAAUGAGAUUUAUACAUAUACUGGCAAUAUCUUAAUUGCAGUAAACCCUUUUCAAAGGUUGCCACAUCUUUAUGACACCCACAUGAUGGGGCAGUAUAAAGGUGCAGGAUUUGGAGAGCUAAGCCCCCAUGUUUUCGCAGUUGCAGAUGUUGCUUACAGGGCAAUGAUUAAUGAAGGAAGGAGCAAUUCCAUUUUGGUCAGUGGUGAAAGUGGCGCUGGUAAAACGGAAACAACAAAGAUGCUUAUGAGAUACCUUGCUUAUUUGGGUGGUCGCUCUGGAAUAGAAGGGAGAACGGUUGAACAACAAGUUUUGGAAUCCAACCCCGUCCUUGAAGCAUUUGGGAAUGCAAAAACUGUUAGAAAUAAUAACUCAAGUCGCUUUGGCAAGUUCGUUGAAAUACAGUUUGACAAGAGUGGAAGGAUAUCAGGUGCUGCUAUAAGGACCUACUUGCUUGAAAGAUCACGUGUUUGCCAAAUUAACACUCCGGAAAGGAAUUACCACUGCUUUUACCUUCUUUGUGCAGCUCCUCAAGAGGUAAAAGAUAAAUACAAGUUGGGAAAUCCACAAUCAUUUCACUAUCUAAAUCAGUCUGAUUGUUAUGAAUUGGAUGGAGUUGAUGAUUCUCUUGAAUAUCUUGCUACAAUAAGGGCUAUGGAUAUAGUUGGAAUCAGUGAGAGCGAACAGGAAGCAAUAUUCAGAGUUGUAGCUGCUAUUCUUCAUAUAGGCAAUAUUGAUUUUGCAAAAGGAGAGGAAAUAGAUUCUUCUGUCAUCAAGGAUGAAAAGUCUAGGUUUCAUCUUAAGACAGCGUCUGAACUUCUGAUGUGUGAUGUUCAGGGACUGGAAGAUGCACUUAUUAGGCGCGUGAUGGUGACACCAGAAGAAAUUAUCACGAGAACUCUCGACCCGGCUUCUGCAAUUGUCAGUAGGGAUGGUUUGGCAAAGACUUUAUAUUGUCGCCUGUUCGAUUGGUUAGUGGAAAAGAUCAAUGUUUCUAUUGGGCAGGAUCCAAAUUCAAAGUCUCUGAUUGGAGUCCUUGAUAUUUAUGGUUUUGAGAGUUUUAAGUGCAACAGUUUUGAACAAUUCUGUAUCAAUUUUACAAAUGAGAAGUUGCAACAACAUUUUAACCAGCAUGUCUUCAAAAUGGAGCAGGAAGAGUACACGAAAGAAGAAAUAAACUGGAGCUACAUUGAGUUUAUAGAUAACCAAGACGUGCUAGACUUGAUUGAGAAGAAACCUGGUGGUAUCAUAGCACUUCUUGAUGAAGCCUGCAUGUUUCCUAGGUCAACUCAUGAAACAUUUGCUCAAAAGUUAUAUCAAACUUUUAAAAAUAACAAGCGUUUUUUGAAGCCGAAGCUGUCCCGCACAGAUUUUACAAUAUGUCAUUAUGCUGGGGAGGUAGCAUAUCAAGCUGAUCAUUUCUUAGACAAGAACAAAGACUAUGUGGUAGCAGAACAUCAGGAUUUGUUAAGUCCUUCAAAAUGCCCUUUUGUUGCGGGGUUAUUUCCAGCUCUUCCUGAAGAAACAUCGAAAUCCUCCAAAUUUUCUUCCAUUGGAUCACGUUUUAAGCUUCAACUACAAGCACUGAUGGAAACCUUAAGCUCAACGGAGCCUCAUUACAUCAGAUGUGUGAAGCCCAACAAUACCCUUAAACCUUCAAUCUUUGAGAACAUGAAUGUUAUUCAACAGCUACGUUGUGGUGGUGUACUUGAGGCAAUUAGGAUCAGCUGUGCUGGAUAUCCAACUAGAAAGACAUUUUAUGAAUUCCUACAUCGUUUUAGUGUUCUUUCCCCUGAAGUUUUAGAUGGGAACUCUGAUGACAAGGUUGCAUGCCAAAAGAUUCUCGAUAAACUGGGCCUAAAAGGUUAUCAGAUAGGGAAGAACAAGGUGUUCCUGAGAGCUGGGCAGAUGGCAGAACUUGAUGCAAGAAGAUCUGAAGUUCUUGGAAGAGCGGCCAAAACUAUUCAAAGACAAAUUCGUACACAUAUUGCUCGCAAGGAAUUCCUUCGGCUACGCAGUGCUGCUAUAAAUUUGCAGUCUUUUUGGAGAGCUGAACUUGCUCGUAAAUUGUAUGAAUGCAUGAGACAAGAGGCAGCUGCCAUAAAAAUUCAGAAGAAUCUGCGGCGAUAUAUUGCCAGGAAAUCCUACAAAAGACUUCGUUAUUCUGCAAUUAUGCUGCAAACAGGCUUAAGGGCAAUGAAUGCUCGCGAUGCAUUUAGAUACAGAAAGCAAACUAAAACGGCAAUAAUUAUCCAGGCCAAAUGGAAAUCUCACAGAGAUUAUGUGUACUACAAAAAUCUGAAGAAGGCAACCAUAACCUAUCAAUGUGCAUGGAGACAACGACUGGCGAGGAGAGAACUCAGAAAGCUGAAGAUGGCUGCAAGAGAGACUGGUGCCCUUAAAGAGGCAAAAGACAAACUGGAAAAACGUGUGGAGGAAUUAACAUGGCGUCUACAAUUAGAAAAGAGACUAAGAAUUGAUCUAGAAGAAGCAAAAGCCCAAGAAAUUUCUAAGCUGCAGGAUGCUUUGCAUGAGAUGCAGCAACAAGUAGAAGAAGCGAAUUCCAUGAUUAUCAAGGAAAGAGAGGCUUCUCGAAAGGCCAUUGAAGAAGCGCCACCAGUUAUUAAGGAAACCCCUGUUAUAGUUCAAGAUGUAGAAAAGAUUAGUUCAUUGACAGCUGAAGUUGAGCACUUUAAGGCUUUGCUGGUCUCUGAGCAGCACACAAGUGAUGCAGCCAAAAAAGCUGCAGCUGAAGCUCAAAAUAGAAAUGUUGAGCUCUUGAAAAAACUUGAAGAUGCCAAUACCAAAGUUGAUCAACUUCAAGAUUCUUCGCAAAGGCUGGAAGAGAAGCUCUCCAAUCUUGAAUCUGAGAACCAAGUACUUCGCCAACAGGCACUUACAAUUUCACCCACAGGCAGAUCUUUGUCUGCACGCUCAAGAACAAUGAUCAUCCCAAGAACUCCAGAGAAUGGAAAUUUAUUUAAUGGUGAAACAAAAUUAGCAUUGGAUAUGACUCCGGCUGUAGGCAAUGCCAAAGAACCUGAAAGCGAAGAGAAGCCCCAAAAAUCUCUGAAUGAGAAGCAACAGGAAUAUCAGGACUUACUGAUUAGGUGUAUCACGCAAGAUCUUGGAUUCUCUAGUGGAAAGCCUAUUGCUGCCUGUCUUAUAUAUAAGUGCCUUCUGCAGUGGAGAUCAUUUGAAGUUGAGAGAACAACUAUUUUUGACAGGAUUAUCCAAAAUAUAAGCUCUGCCGUGGAGGGACAAGACAACAACGACAUUCUUUGUUACUGGUUAUCAAACUGUUCAACAUUGUUGUUACUUCUUCAACGAACACUAAAAGCUAGUGGUGCUGCAAGCCUUACACCACAGAGGAGGAGAACGCCAUCAUCUUCUUUGUUUGGAAGAAUGUCUCAUGGACUCCGAGCUUCUCCACAGACUACUGGGCUUCCUUUCUUUAAUGGAAGGAUGGUUAAUGGGCUUGAUUUGCGUCAAGUAGAAGCAAAAUACCCAGCUUUGCUCUUUAAGCAACAGCUGACAGCUUUCUUGGAGAAAAUCUAUGGAAUGAUAAGAGAUAACUUGAAGAAGGAAAUAUCACCAUUGCUUGGCUUGUGUAUUCAGGCACCAAGAACAUCCAGGGCAAGUUUAGUGAAAGGAUCACGAUCUCAAGCAAAUGCCAUGGCUCAGCAAGCUCUGAUUGCACACUGGCGAAGCAUCGUCAAAAGCUUGGAUAGCUAUUUGAAAGCAUUGAAAGCAAAUUAUGUUCCUCCAUUUCUAGUCCGUAAGGUGUUCAUUCAGACAUUUUCAUUCAUCAAUGUGCAGUUAUUCAACAGCCUUCUUCUCCGGAGAGAAUGUUGCUCAUUUAGCAACGGCGAAUAUGUAAAAGCAGGACUAGCUGAGCUAGAACAGUGGUGUUAUGCUGCAACCGAAGAGUAUGCAGGUUCAGCCUGGGAUGAAUUGAAGCAUAUCAGGCAGGCAGUUGGGUUUUUGGUAAUACAUCAGAAGCCAAAGAAGACAUUGAAAGAGAUAACCAAUGACCUUUGCCCAGUACUAAGCAUACAACAAUUGUAUAGAAUCAGUACUAUGUACUGGGAUGACAAGUAUGGCACACACAGUGUGUCUUCAGAGGUGAUUUCAAGUAUGCGGGUUUUAAUGACCGAAGACUCGAACAAUUCAGUUAGCAGUUCCUUCUUGCUGGAUGAUGAUUCCAGCAUUCCAUUCUCUGUGGAUGAUAUCUCCAAAUCCAUGGAACAAAUUGACACUUCGGAUGUUGACCCGCCACCAAUGAUUCGUGAGAACUCAGGGUUUUCUUUCCUGCUCCAAAGGGCCGAAUGAAUGGAGUUCUUCUGCAAGUUCUGUUUCUCUGCAACUCCUCCACAACUUGUCUAUAAGUCUCCCCUUUUCCUUCUAUGUAAUUAUCAACCAUUCUAUUCUAUGAAGUUGGCUCCUCAUAUGAGAUUCAUAGGGUAUUUUUUUCCUCCUCCUUUUUGGUUUCCCCUUAGUGUUUUGAUUGUUUGAUUAAUUGAUUUUUUUUACCCCUUAUUCUAGAGUGUUCUAUUUAUGACCUAGGUUUUAAUUGUAAACCUGGUCUUGGUCUUGCUAUAGUGGUAAAGGCUUCUAUAAUUGUAAUAUUGUUUGGUUUUGAACAUCUUUUGUAUAAAGGUAAUGAUAAGCAUUAAUAUUAGUGACAUCUUUUUAAACCUGC